AUGGUAGUGAAUACACGCGUGUCUCCAAAUGCGCGCGCGCGUCCGCCCCCACGUCGCCCGGUUAACCAACAUCACUUGCCGCCACUACAACCCACCACUUCCCUCCAGCCGCUGCAUUCUCCACACGUUAGAAAAACGUCGGAGCCGGCGUAUCGCCGCGGUUCUACGCGUAAUUGCUGUAGUGUAAGCGCCACGCCGGUAGGUGCUGACGUAGUUCAUUACCGCGCAGGUAAUGUUGAGAAGGAUGACCCAGUCUCUUAUGCUGCAAAACACCAGCUUCCGCUGUUGCUGAACAGCAUGAUAAGAGAUUUACUGCGGGAGCGGCCUGAGGUUGAUGUAGAUGGCUGGAUUAUGCGUUGGUUUGAACGUGAGUAUGAAGAGCAGAAGCGGGUAAAUAAGCAGCGUUUGGAAGCGUCCACAGUAGUAAAUACAGCAGAGCCGACAAAACCGGAACCGCAGCAGGGACAUCGGCAGCCGUCGCUUCCACUAAAUGAAAAAUGGAUAUCCCAACCAUUUGUCACAACCGUGCAAAAAGAUGUACAACCGACGACAAUAAUAUCCACGACACCAUCAAACAUGUCAUCCCCCACAGUAGUUAUCUCACUGCCACAGCGCAGGUUGAGCACAGAGGUGAUGCGGACAUCAACGCCCAGUUCACUUGACUCACGCUCAUGUACCAUUGUAAUGCAUCCUCCAGAAGACCGAAAGGCAAAUUUGCUUCAGCUGGAGACAUCACACCCCACAUUUACCAAAUUCCCCUCCAUCAGCAGCGUAUCGGUAGCCCCAACUAUAAUAGUACCGCGCUCACUCCCUCAACAGCAAGAAAGACGGCCGCAGAGAAUAGGAGAGGAAAAGGAACAACAACAAAUGAUUGUGAUACGGAUGCCGCGACCUGUGGACUGCAGAACAAAAAUGAGGACGACACAAUACUUAGAUAUUAAUGGAAACGAUGGUGCUGCACCAAAGGCCACGUAG